AUGUCGGCAUCCGCCGCACCCCUCACUGAGGCCACCGCCGCCGCCGCCUCUGCCUCUGGCUCCAAAGCAGCACAUCAUCGACGCACACCCUCGCUCUUACCUUCGUUCAACUCGCUCGGAUCGUUUCUCGCCAGUGCAGGCGGCUUGACUACCGAUGGCAGCGCUUCAUCUCCCCUGCCAAACGCGAGAGCAGGGGGAGGAGAGGGCGGCCUGAGCACCGAUGCGGAGCUCAUGAUUUCGGAUCCUACGCCGACCGAGUGGGCGGACGAGGCGGAAUGCAAAGCGGUCCAAGAUACGCUGCCCAGCCGGGUUGCGCCACGAAAUAACUUGAGUGAGGAGGUCAGGUUUAGGGGCCAGUCGAAACAGUCUACCACCACCAUCAACGAGAAGGGGGGGACGUCGUUCAUCGCCUUCCCCGUACCCGAGUCGCCUACUACCACUACUACUGCGAUGUCGUCGAGUGAUGAGAGGCCUGGAGUCGGAUCGAGGGCUUCGUCGGCUGCAAGCAGCACCGCGAGGGACUCGGACACUGGGUUGAUCUACAGCCCCAAAGCAACAAGGGCGAGUAUGAGUUCAUCCCUGACCGAUACGCCUGCUACAUCGGUGCAGUCUCCUGCGGCAACGAUGGGUAAUAAGGAAUUGGAUGCUUCCUCGCCGCACCUACCGCCAUCCGAGAGCACGGUCAAAGAGCAUCAAUUCGACGCCUACUCGUCGCGUCAGUACGACCAUCAAACACUACCGCGCUCCUUCGCCGCUGCUGCGUCUUUCACCGACACGCGCCAACAAGGCGCAUCCCACGCCAGAACGUCGUCCCUCAGUGCUGCCACUGGACGCACCGCUGCAACCCGCCACCUCGACGACCCUCUAUCCAGCAACGCAAGCAGCGUCCAGAGGCAAGCCGGGUUCCGCGCACGCUCGAUCCACUCGAUCCGCGGGUUGGCAGCCGCGUGGGUCCCCGCUCGCUUCGCUGCCACUUCUUCGCAGCCGUCCAGCUCGGCCUCUUCCUCCGCAUCGUCCAAUGAUGGGGAGGGUUCAGACACGAACAGUCCGCGUCGGCGCGAUGCUCUGGCGCUGACGACUGUGUCUGGUGAGAAGGGGGUUGUCCGCCAUGCAGCGGGGGAGGGCAAGAGGCCGGUGAAGCUGGAUCGUCGCCGUCUGGAUAAGGCAGUCAGUUUGGCUGUGGAAGCUGCACAGGCGGCGGAGGAGGAUGAGCGGGUGUGGGAGGAGAAGAGGCGGGCGAAAAGAGGGGCUGCGACGAGACCGGCGUUGCAAGCCGCAUGGUCGGGGUCGAGUCGGAGCAGUGUCGACGACAAUCGGCAGCUGGCUCGUCGUGGUGACAGCUCGAGUGCUGACGGCAAUGCGAGCCUGACCUCAACUGAAGAGCCAGAUGACGAAGAAGACGAUCUCGGCUUCUCGCUCGACCUCUACAUUUCGUCGUUGGGCUACCUCAUUUCGGCCAUCUCCGACAAGGAAGCUCCAGGACUCAGCAGCAAACAGAGACAAGACAUCCGACAACGCUUGGAGGAAGGCAUGGCCAAACUCGGCUUUGACGCCAAAGCCGAGCUCGCCAAAGCCGAAGCCAUGAAGCGCGACCUCGAACUCGAGCGCGAAAAGCUGCAGCUGCAACAGCAGGCAGCCGCUGCUGCCGUGUCGCCACAAACGCAGGCCAACGUUGUCCACCACCACUACCAUACCGCUGUACCUGCCAAUAGCUCGAUUUUUGGGGAUGGCGCCAACUUUUCGCGAGCCCAUGCGGCGGCGAAAGCUUCUUCGCGCGGAUCUUCAUCGUUGGCGGGAAAGAUCAGUGCAAGUGUGUUGGACAUUGGGCUGCAUAUCGGCGCAGGGGCGUUGUCUGCGUUGUCUGCGAAUCUUUCAGCUAUUGCUCCGCGUGGCGGUGGUGGUGGUGCGGGGAGGAAGACCGAGGUCGGGAAGGGGAUGGACGAUCCGCGGAUUACCGAUUUGGACAAUGACGAGGAUCUGCAGACCGUCGAGCCGGCUGUCGGGUCGCGGCGCGGGUCCGCUUCUCAACCGGCCAGUGGCACAGCAACCCCUCGCACCGCAUGGAGCCGAGCCAUCAGCCAGAACAACAAGCAGUGGGAGCUCGCCGUCGCAUUCGCAAGCACUGCCGCGUCGGCACUCGCUAGCAGUCUCGGAGCCGUCGCGCGCAGUGACGGUGCCAUCCCCUCCACCUCCUCGUCCUCUUCCACCGCCAUCACCACCUCCACCGCUGCCGCAGGCCCCCUAACACGGGAACAGCAGCAACACCUUGCGCAGUGGGGCCACCUCGACGGCGCGCCGCCGGACGCUUCCGCUUCCGAGUCCGCCGAAGACCGCCUGAUCCUGCUCUCCGCCUCGCUCGCUCGCGCGCUCAAACGCUCGCCCCUCCCCUCACAGCUCUACCAGCUGCUCCGGCAGCUCGUCUCGAUCCUCGCCGCUAUCGAUGCGCGCUACAGUCUCACGGAGAAGGGCACGCAGAUGGCUGUGCGCGAGACCAGCCGUGCGCUCCGCUUUGUACGCCGUCACGACCUGCAUGUGAAAGCGGUCCGCGUCGCAUGGGCUGCCGCCGAGGCCGCCGUCGCCGCGUUGGAGGCCUACCGAGACGAAAAGGGCUUCGUCGAGGUGCAGCAGCAACAGCAGAGGAGGAUUGCGUCGGGUCAGAGUGAGCCGUUUGACGAUGCUGUGACGAACGGCAUGUUCGGGACGUCGCCGCCGCCACAGUCGGCGGGGGAGAGCGCGAGGCUGGCGAUUGCAGAUCUCGCGGCGUUUGAGAAGAAGCUGGAUGAUGCGGAGAAGAAGAUCUUGGAGGGAGCGAGGGGCGGCAAGCAGAGGCAGAAGGUGGAGCGGUCGACGCUCGGAUGA